AUGAAGAAAGAGAAUCACACUUUGGUGAGUGAGUUUACUUUCCAGGGUUUCUCCAGCUUCCAUGAGCACCAGCUCACCCUCUAUAUUGUAUUUCUUACACUGUACAUAUUAACUUUGGCAGGCAAUAUCAUUAUUGUGAUCAUCAUUAGCCUUGAUCGUCACCUCCACACUCCCAUGUACUUCUUCCUCAGCAUGCUGUCAGCUUCAGAGACUGUGUAUACACUUGUCAUUAUACCCAGGAUGCUCUGUAACCUCAUAGGCCUUAGUCAGUCCAUCUCUUUGGCUGGCUGUGCCACUCAGAUGUUCUUCUUCACCUCUUUGGCUAUAAACAACUGCUUCCUGCUCACAGUGAUGGGGUAUGACCGUUAUGUGGCUAUUUGCAAUCCCUUAAGGUACUCUGUCAUCAUGAACAAGAGGGUGUGUAUCCAGUUGGUGUGGGGGGCCUGCAGCAUUGGCCUAAUUGUAGCCAUGACACAAGUGUCAGCUGUAUUUAGGUUGCCCUUCUGUACCUCAAAGGUGGCCCACUUCUUCUGUGACAUUCGACCUGUGAUGAAACUCUCCUGUAUUGACAUAACUAUCAAUGAGAUCCUGACUUUGAUCAUCAGUGUGCUGGUGAUCCUGGUUCCCAUGGGAUUGAUUUUCAUUUCCUACAUUCUCAUUACCUCCACUAUCUUCAAGAUUGCCUCAGCUGAGGGCCGGAAGAAGACCUUUGCUACCUGUGCUUCUCAUAUCACUGUGGUCAUUAUUCACUAUGGCUGUGCCUCCAUUGCCUACCUCAAGCCCAAGUCAGAGAACAUCAAGGAUCAGAAUCAGCUGAUCUCAGUGACCUACACUGUCAUUACCCCACUACUGAACCCUGUGGUGUACACCCUAAGGAACAAAGAGGUCAAGGCUGCUCUACUCCGGGCCAUUGGCAGGAAGCUUUCCUGA